AAGAAGAAUAAGAUAGGAGAUAUAAAGCAAACCUCACAAUCCUCAUCCUCAAUCUCUCUCUCUCUGAAUUUUCCUUCAACAAGAAUGGCCUCAACAUCCAAACCCAACUGUUUCUCUCUCCUCUCUCUUCUCUUUGCACUCUCUCUCUCCUUCCCCUCGAUUGCCUCAACCGACCCAAUUCCAGCAGCAUGGCCACACCAAUUCCACUCCCUCAUCUUCAUGAACAACAGUGGAACCCUCCAAAUGGUAGACCUCUGGUACGACUGGACCGGAGGCCGGAACUUCAACAUAAUCCAGUACCAACUGGGUAAGCUUCUGUACGACCUGGAAUGGGACAAUGGCACCUCCUAUAUAUACACCCUGGACUCUAACCGGGAAUGCAGGGUCUUGAAUUUCUCUGUGGGGAUUCUCAGACCCAACUGGCUUCAAGGUGCGAACUACCUUGGCCAGCAGUACAGGGAUGGCUUUCUUUGCAAUGUGUGGGAGAAGGUCGACUUCAUUUGGUACUAUGAGGAUGUCAUCACCAAAAGACCUGUUUCAUGGAUAUUCUAUACAGGAUAUACAGCACAUGUAAUGACAUUUGAAGUGGGAAGAGUGCUUGAGAAUCCGAAAUGGCAAGCUCCUGUGUACUGUUUUGAGGAGGCCUACAAGGAGAAGAAUUGUUUGGUUGAAUCUGCGGCCAACGCUGGUCCUCAUGGGGGUUUAAUGAGGAGAAAGUAUUAAAUAUACUUGGGGGUAUGGCACAGUACGAGCUAUUAAAUCAUGGAUGUGAUGGUGGGCCCCACCACAUUCAAGGGUAUGGAUUAUCACGGAAUAUCAUACCCCUAGGUAUUUAAUAUUUUCUAGUUAAAUGAAAAGUGUUAUGGAUACCUCAAAGAGGUUUUAAAUGCAGCUAGAAUUGUUCUUAAUGUAGUCAUGGAUAAAUCUUAAGACUAUUAUUAUCUAAGGCUCCGAUUUGUUUA